AUGAGGGGGCACGUCGUCGCCGUCGCCUCGCAGGUCCGGUGGUCAGCGCAAAAGUCCUGGAUGCAGCAGGGGUUCAGGUGCUUGAUCUGGGGGUUCUUCGCGCAGGCGAUGCGCCGCGCCAAACCCGCUAAUGCGGUCCCGCCGGCCUUGGGCACGUGCGUCCAGUGGGCGACGAAUAACGCGUCGUCGCACUGGUCCUCUCUCAAUAGUAGCGUGUCCGCCUGCUUGGCGGCGGCGGCGUGGAGGAUGCAUAUCACGAGAGCGAGGCGCAUCGUC